AUGGCCACAGCAUCCUCGACCGAUGCCCCAGCCGCCGCCGCCGCCAGCGCGCAUGAGCAGCUUCUCGCGCUGACGUGUAUGAAGUGCCAGGAAGCGACUACCAUGUCGACGUCUUACCCCUCUGGCGCGCGCAAUCCUUUGCGCAGGGUGUGCAAUAUUUGCAGCUCGACUGACCGGACGGCAGCCAGGCGCACUGCUGAGUACAAAAAGAAGAAGGAUGCGAAGAAGCCACUGACUGAUGAGGACGUGGACGUGAAGGCGAACAUCAACAAAAUGACCCCAGACGAGAAGGUGGCCUUCUACCGUGCCGAGAAGGAGCGGAAGUUGUCGCUGCAUUCGCGCCUUCGAAUCAGCCAUCGCACCCAAAAGGCGAAGCAGGUGGCCAAGGACGGCUCGAGCAAUGGGAAGCGCAGCUUCGCAGGCGUCAAGGGCUCCGUCGAGCACAGCAAGGUUCAGAGUUUGACGCGAGAUGAGCUGGACCUCUUCGAAACGUUCGAAGACUUCGCCCUCGGGCAGAUCGGCUUGAAGCGCUGUGAGGAUGAGGCAGGUGCGAAACCAUUGUGGCUCGAGGCUCUGGCGGACCCUCAGAAACAGAAGAUCAAGUUUCGUGGCCAGUGGUUGCUCGGUAAGUUCGGCGGCGUCGCCAUGCACAACACGGUAUCUGACGAGUUGAGGAACGCCUUGAAGCAGGCUCAGAUGAUUGACAGCAAGGAGGGCCUCGACGAGUUCCUGACAGAGAGCACGGAUCUUCAGGCACGCCGCGAGAAGGGGAUCAAGAAGGACUACAUGGUGCAGCCCGACAAGGACCAGCCAGAGGUGAACGACUACGACGUCGAGGGCAGCGUGAAGGUCGACGAGGGGAUGAUCAGCGACAAGGCUGUCAUGAAGACGAUCACCGCGCAGAUCGCCAAGAAGGCCGAGGACCUAGCCGAGCAGGAGAAGAGCAUCAUCGAAGCAGCCGCGGCGAAAUCAAGGCCAUCUGAGCAACCCACGCCUGAGCCAUCUCCGAACAAGAAGCCGAAGACUUCUGUCGCGGUGGCCAAGAUGGGUCUGGAGUCCGCCAUCAUCAGCCAGUGCGCCACCAUCGAAAGCAAGGUCGAGAAUCUCAAGGCGAAGUUCUACCAGGAGGCGAGCGAAGAACUUCGAGGCAUCCUGGACACGGAGGGGAAGCAGGAGCUGAAGGAUAUGACAGACGCCUUCGAGGUUAAGUUCGGGUCGUACUCGGCGAAGGCCGAGGACAGGAAGACGGAGAUCAGGAACGUGCUUGCGAAUCUGGACGUCAGCAUCGGCGCGGAGGCCAUCAUGAGCAAGAAAUGUGAGAUCAUCGCCACCGCCAAAAUGUUUUGCAAGUCAGAGGGCGCUGAGAUCAAGACCCUGGUGACUGAGCUCACUACCAUGAUCACAGACAUGAAGGCUUACGGCAAGAGUGCCUGGAAGGCGACAGAGAACAGGGACAAGGAGGCGACCAAGCACCUGCACAGCAAGAAUGCCUUGGUUGAUAGCCCUGGGAAGUUCGCAUCGCCCCUCACGUCCGCGUUCUGGGCCCACCACCAGUGCGAAGCGAAUCAGGCGGCAUCGGGCAUCGGCAUCCACUGGAACAUUGAGCAGGAUUUCAUGAAGAACGGCAGCGCAGUCUUGAUCCCGUCCGAGAGGACGACGGAAUGCGUCAAGACGAUCGUGGAGCUGGCGUACUACAGGUCUCAGAAGGCUUGGGUCAAGGCGGCGAUGGCCAAGACUACUCAUCACACGAGCGCCGCGUACAUCGUCAAGGAUUCCGCCAAGAAGACCGUGGAGUCGAGCAUCGCAUCCAUCGUCGAUGCCUCGGUGCGCCCCAGGCAGACGCGUGAUGGCUGCCCAUGGUUGAACGACCUCACGGCGGUGAGCUUCUGGCAGCACACGAAGGACUUGCACUCGAUCUCCAAUGCGCCGUAUUGCAUGCCGCAGGUUCGCUUCGUCUUGGAGGGCGAGGUGGCGCUGGCUGGACUUCCCGUCGACGCCGUGGUUGCAGACACGCUGGUGGCGAAGCGGACCUCCCUGAUGAACAUGAGCUUGACCGACUUCUUCAACUUGGUCCAGACGAAAGGCGGCAUCGCGGUGAAGCUCAAGCCCGGGUCGAUCGUCCUGCCCCCAGGGAAUUUCAUGAUCGUGGAGGUCGCUCUUGGCGGUGCCGAGGUGCACGGCCUGUGCUGGUCGCUGCUCGGCUCAAAGAGCCUGGCUUCCGUGUGCCUGCCGAUCUUGGAGCAGUUUCUGAAGGAGAACGUCAGCAUGAAGAAGUCGCCGUACGUGGAGUUGCUGAAUCACCUGCAGGAGAUCACGGAGGGUGCGCCAGAG